AUGUCUAAUACAAAGUCUAAGUCCAAAACCAAUUGGUUACUGGAAGAUGAACAACAAUUGUUAGCUCAAAAAUUGUAUGAUAAUUACAUCAGAUGCACUGAUGAAGAGCAAGAUUUCCAAAUAUUGUCUACCAUUAGAUAUGAUCCAAAAUUAUCUGCUUCAGUACCUGAGACUGUAGAUGAGAUAAGUGAACUGAAUUUUUUCCUUUUACCUGAACAUUAUCAUAGACUCCAGUACAGUUUCGAAUUCUUCACUCAAGGACAGCUUGAUAUGCUGAAAGAACUUAUGGUGACCAAAUUGAUAGGUCUUAUAAGGGAUUCCAAGGUUGAGGUAACGAAACCAUAUAGAAUACGAUUCUUAACCGGUUUGAAAGGAGAAAUCAAUAUGGAGAUCUAUGAUACAGUAGAAAGAAAAUUAUUGGAUGGCUUAGAAGAUAACCUCGAUAAAUACAUUGUGGGAUUGGAUGAUGAUAUUUGGGAUGUUUACGUGGAUAGUGAGCCAACAUUGAUUUCUCCUUUUACUUCAUUCAAAACCACUCACCGUCCACAUUAUACCAAAUCUAGACAAAAUCAUUUGCCAGGAGUAAAGACUCAAGAAGAAGUUUUGAUUUGGAAUACCCAACAAACUUUAAUGGAAGGUUCUAUAACGAAUUUCGCUAUAAAGCUUGAUGGGAAAUGGGUAACUCCAGAAUUAGCAUGUGGAUGUUUAUGUGGAGUUAUGAGACAUUUCCUUUUAAAAAACGAUUAUAUAAGUGAAAGUACUAUCCAUCGAAGUGAAAUCUUAGUGGGCGAUGAAAUACUUUUGUUCAAUGGAAUCAUGGGUGUAGUUAGAGGUAAGAUUAAGUCUAUUCCUGAUAUAUAA